AUGGCGAAGGCGUCGCGGGUGCUGCUCUGCCUGGUCGCAGCCUCCGUUCUCCUCGCACUGCUGCCCUGUUCGGUGCACUCCGCCGACUCCGCCAACGUCUCUGCGGAAGAAGCGGCGGCAGCAGCGGCGGCGGAAUCUGCGAGGGCGACAGCGGAGGCGGUGGCGAAAGCGGCGGAGAGCGCGGCCGCCAAGGACGAGGCCGCGGAGAAGGCCGCGGAGGAGGCGGCGACGGCGCGCGAGGGGGAUAAGGGCGCGGAGGAGGAGGCGCAAAGCCCGAUCCCUCCGGCAAUAGCGCAGGCGGAGAAGGCGGCGUCCGACAUUGUACCCGACGGUGCGUGCAAGAAGGAGAUAGCGGAUUUCUGCGGCGAUUUGACGGUGGGCAAUCGGACAGUGGAGAGAUGCCUGACGGGGCAGGUGCAGCUGCUCAAAUCCAAGGGCGGUCAAGGGACGGGCAGCAUAUCGCCCGGGUGUCUGCAGGAGGUAUACCAGUUCAAGAUAGAGCUGUACAAGAACAUCUCCCUCAACAACGACAUGGGUCAGUUGCUCUCACACUCACCGCCUCAUCAUGCCACCCGCCUCCACACACCGCACCCCACCACACACCGCACCCCACCACACACCGCACCCCACCACACACCGCACCCCACCACACUCCACAUGCCACGUUGGACUGUUUUCCACCACGCUGUCCCUCACGUCUCUCACUGCCAUCGUUUCUCUCCCCCUUAG